AUGUUGCCCACCCAGGCCGGCUCCUCUCCCGGGAACGGUGUAGGCCGCAACCCCGGAUUAUCGUUGUCUCGUAGCCGGCCAGGGAACGGAAGCUCUCCAGGGAGGGGCGGUCGGCCUCGGUACGAGGUUUCUCCAGGAGCCGGCUCAGCCAUGUACAGCGGUAGUGAAGCCACCUCUGACUCUGCGGAGGAGGAUGACACCCCAGCCCGAGGGGUGAAGAGAGGACUAGCUGAGCUGGAGCUUCCUGAUCCAGUGGGACCCGGAGGAGCAGGAGUAGCAACUGCUGGAGGAUACCCAGGGGUAUCGGGGGUGUCAGGGGCCAAGCCUGGCAAGAAGACCCGGGGCAGGGUGAAGAUCAAGAUGGAGUUCAUUGACAACAAGCUGAGGAGGUACACCACCUUCAGCAAGAGGAAGACUGGCAUCAUGAAGAAGGCUUACGAGCUGUCUACACUGACUGGGACGCAGGUCCUGCUGCUGGUCGCCAGUGAGACUGGACACGUGUAUACCUUCGCCACCAGGAAACUUCAGCCAAUGAUAACAAGUGAGACCGGGAAGGCUUUAAUACAGACUUGUUUAAACUCUCCGGACUCUCCUCCACGCUCCGACCCCUCCACCGACCAGCGAAUGAGUGCUACAGGCUUUGAGGAGACUGACCUCACCUACCAGGUGUCUGAGUCUGACAGCAGCGGGGAGACGAAGGACUCCCUGAAGCCAGCCUUCACAGUCUCCAAUCUCCCGGGCACUUCCACCAUCCAGACUGCACCCACCACAUCCACUUCUAUGCAGGUUACCAGUGGGCACUCUUUCCCUAUUACAAACUACCUGGCACCUGUCACCAGUGCCAACGGAACUGUUCUCAAGACAGAAGGCAGUGCCAUAAGUUCUGGAGGCCUGAUGCAGCUGCCCACUGGCUUCACACUGAUGUCUGCAGGGGGAGCUGUAGCUCAGCAGGUUCCUGUACAAGCCAUCCAGGUUCACCCCGCCACCCAGGCUUCUCCGUCCAGCGACAGCAGCUCAGAUUUGGCCCAGACGUCAGCUAGCGGGACAGUGACCCUGCCCGCUGCUAUCAUGACUUCCUCUGUGCCCACCACAGUGAGCGGUCACAUGAUGUACCCCAGUCCGCACGCUGUCAUGUAUGCUCCCACUCAGGGUUUGGCAGAUGGGAGCCUGGCGGUGCUCAAUGCCUUCUCCUCGGCUUCCCAGAUGCAGGUGUCCCACUCGCAGGAGCAGGGUGGAGUACAGCAAGUGUUCCUCACAGCGCCGCCAGGCACCGUCCAGAUUCCAGUGUCUGCAGUGCAGCUUCACCAGAUGGCAGUCAUUGGACAGCAGACGAGCAGCAGCAGUAAUCUGACGGAACUGCAGGUGGUGAAUUUGGACACUUCACACAACAGCAAGAAUGACUGA